ACCUUGCCCAACAUGGCUGAGCACGAACCUGUCACCACCAUGGCCUCGCCGUCGCCGCAACCUGACAUGGCGCGAAACCGACUUCCAACGCUGUUUGAGGUGUUGAGCCGUCGCACCUUGCCGCCUGUCGACCUGUUCUCGUUCUACAUUUACAUGCGAGACCAGCAGAGAUCGGUGGACUACCUUGACUUCUGGCUCGAUGUCGCCCAGCACAUGUCUCUCUGCCGUCACUAUGUGCGAGAGCUCAGACGUUCCGUCCUGAUUGGCACGCCCGAGAUGCAAUCCAAGAGGUCAUCUGCUAUCCUAGAGAACAUUGGCGACCUGGAACCCCGAGCGGCUGGUCCCUCGAUGUACGCCACGGAGAAGGAGAAGAACCAGGAUGCCCAAAUGUCUGCUUUCCUGCGAGAGGAGCAACACGAGUCCCCGCAGAGCACCACCGCGCCUGUGCGACCCAGCCCUCAGUUCAGCAACUCGCACGAUAUCACCACCGACUCCAACUCUCCCGCCCACACGGUUGCGCGACAGGACAUUCGCGCCUCGGCGGAGAAGAUUCUCUACACCUUCCUGCUUCCCGGCGCUGAGCGAGAAAUCACCCUUCCUGGCUCCAUCACCCAGGAGGUUACCACAGCAAUCGAGGAGUAUGGCCGUGACGAUCCCGAAGUAUUCGAUGUGGCCAAGGACUACGUCUUUCAAGCGAUGGAGCGAGAUGCCUUUCCCGGAUUCCUGAGAAUGAAGGCUCUUGGCAACCUGAUCCCACCAACCCUCAUCAUGAGACUGAUCUUGGGUCUGAUCGCCAUGUUUGGCGCCUUCUGGACUGGCUUCAUUCUCAUUUUCCUUGACAAGUCUCGUCUGACGAAAUGCUGGCUCAUCAUCCCCUUCACCGUCGGUGUCUAUUUCCUUGCGUCUUACCAGUACUCACUCGACCCUAUUAUGGCUUUGGUCGGCUACAGCGAGUACACCCCAUUCAACUUCUCUCGCAUUCGCGAACCGUACAUCCGCAAACUACUCGCCAAGCGAGCUCUCAUGGUCCUGGCAGUCACCAUUCUCAUCGAUGCCGGACUCUGCGUUCUCUUUAUCCUCGUACCAGGCAAGCGCCUGUGAGCGCAUGUUCUUAUCGAACAACCACGGCCAUUAAUGCCGGCCGUUACUGGCCUUCGGAUUUCUUUCUAGAGCAAGCCACUAGGCGAGAUUUAUACAGGGACAGAAAAAAGUUUCACGACCGUAAUGACAUUGAGAGCUUUGAUUCGGCAGCGAUAUCAGCCGCCCUUCACACUGGAGGUUGUGGCCCUUUUACUUUCUCUUUGGAAUGUUGGCGUCUGGAGAUCUAUCUGUGUUGUAUCAUAUAGGGCUUGCGUAUAACUUUGCUAUUCUGCAGCCUCUACUUUGAGAUGUCUCAUCUCGGAGUUUCUGGCUAUGUCAUGUUUCUUCUCUUCUUGAUCAUCAUUAUGUAGGGCGGUAGCGUCACAGUUAUGGUACAGGCACUGGCGGCACUCGGUACUAGGGGUAGCUAAUCAAGGGCGUUAUGUCGUCUAUU